AAAAAAAAAGAAAGAGCAAGCUUUGAUGAGAGCUUUUCCUCUCUAGCAACUAGAGCCAAUUCUCCAAAGUCCAGACCUUUAUCAUACAUCAAACACACGAUGGUUGAGAUGAGUUUUGAGUCGUUUAAGACCGUCGAUAAAUGCACAUCGAGCGGUCGUGACGGGCACACGGUGGUCGCCGACAUGGAUGGCACGUUGCUCCGGGGACAUAGCUCCUUCCCUUACUUCGCCCUCUUCGCAUUCGAGAUUAGUGGCAUCCUAAGGCUCCUCUUCUUGCUCCUCGCCGCCCCUCUCGCAGGCAUCUUGUAUUACUUCGUAUCGGAAUCGGCUGGAAUUAAGGUGCUAAUAUUUGCCACUUUCUCUGGUGUGAGAGUUGGCGACAUCGAGUCGGUGGCGAGGGCGGUGCUGCCCAAGUUUUACUCCAUGGAUCUCCAUCCCGAGUCAUGGCGGGUGUUCUCAGCGUGUGGGAAGAGGUGCGUGCUCACUGCUAAUCCAAGGAUCAUGGUGGAGGCCUUCUUGAAGGAGUACUUGGGGGCGGACAUGGUGAUUGGGACUGAGAUCGCCACUUACAAAGGCCGGGCGACGGGCUUUGUUUGCCACCCCGGAGUUCUUGUUGGUGCUAACAAGGCCGCUGCUCUUCGCAAGGUAUUCGGGGACGAAUCGCCAGAGAUCGGAUUGGGUGAUCGGAAAACCGACUACGCUUUCAUGAAUCUUUGUCAGGAGGGCUACGUGGUGCCACGCGAGCCAGACAGGGAGGCCGUGUCCCGGGACAAGCUGCCCAAGCCCAUCGUGUUCCACGACGGCCGGCUGGUCCAGAAGCCGACGCCGCUGCUCGCCCUCCUCAUCAUCCUCUGGAUCCCCGUCGGCUUCCUCCUCGCCUGCCUCCGCAUCGCCGCCGGCGCCCUCCUCCCCAUGCGCCUCGUCUACCAUGCCUUCCGGGCCCUUGGCGUCCGCAUCACCGUCCGUGGCGUCCCCCCUCCACCCGCCGAGAAGUCCCUCGCCCGCUCCGGUGUCCUCUUCAUCUGCUCCCACCGCAGCCUCCUCGACCCCAUCUUCCUCUCCGCCGCCCUCGGCCGCCCCAUCGCCGCCGUCACCUACUCCGUCUCCCGCCUCUCCGAGUUCCUCUCCCCCAUCAAGACCGUCCGCCUCACCCGCGACCGCGCCCGUGACGCCGCCAUGAUCAAGAAGCUCCUCGAGGAGGGGGACCUCGUCCUCUGCCCCGAGGGGACCACGUGCCGCGAGCCCUUCCUCCUCCGCUUCUCGGCGUUGUUCGCCGAGCUCACCGACCAGAUCGUGCCGGUGGCGAUGGCCAACAGGAUGAGCAUGUUCCACGGCACCACGGCCCGGGGGUGGAAGGGGAUGGACCCCUUCUACUUCUUCAUGAACCCCAGUCCGGCGUACGAGGUGACGUUCCUCAACAAGCUGCCGCCGGAGCUGACGUGCACCGCCGGCAAGUCGAGCCACGAGGUGGCGAAUUAUAUUCAGAGGCUGAUAGCCGCGACCUUGUCAUACCAGUGCACCAGCUUCACGAGGAAGGAUAAGUAUAAGGCCCUUGCCGGGAAUGAUGGAACGGUGGCAGAGAAGCCCAACUUUGAGAAGGGAAAGGUGAUGGGGUGUUAGAGCGGCUUCCACUACUACUGUUCUGGAUACAUAUUGCCCCAAUUGAAGAAGGAUGGAGUCUUUAGUUGUUGAAGAUUGAGGUUAAUUUCAACGCAAUAAUCGUAAGAAGCACUUUCUGAUCACUAGUGAAGGUCCCUGGGAGACACAUGAAUGAAAUCAUAACCAUGGUGAACGAAUGUUGGCAAAAGUAUUUGUGAUGCUGGUAUCGAUCAUGCUAAAAAUUUCUAGCAUUUGAUUAGUUUCGACAGAAAAACUACUUGAUAUGUAAGAAAACUCUGAAACAGAAAAGAUGGGGAAUUGUCAUGGACGGUGAUCCUUCUGGAAUAAUCAUGAAUUAAUCAAAGCAAUAGUACGAAGGAAAUAUGAGUUUUCUAGAAUGGCAAGUAAAAGAAAAGAAUCAUUGUAUAACCCCUUUAUUUGAUGUUAAGAGUUUUAUUUUUCUUAGUGAAAGUUUAGUCAAAUAUCAAGAUGAGGUUUAGUCUUAUAUGAAACAAAUAAUGUAAG